AAAAAAAUUACUUACAGAGUAGGUUUUCUCUUGAAUUUAUAGUCACAGCUGAAACAGAUUUUUCUAACAACUAAUUAUCCUUCUAACAAACUUGACAACUCAGCAUAACUAACUCCUAAUCACAUGCCUUACACUACAGCUAGUUUCAUCUCUUAUUUAUCCUCAACACCUGCAUGACACGGCUAAUGACUUGAUGCAUAUUGCAUGAUUUUAAUUUCCACACGGAAUGUGGAGUGUGGACCACUCCUUUCUGCAUUAUAUGUGGAAUUUGGGAGUGAGACUCAGCAAUCCCUGAGAGUCAGUCAACUCCUGUAAUGGAACCUGAGCCUUACUUAACUGUUGUGUUUUGGCUAGUGAGUUCAUCACUAAGAAUCAUUCUCAUUUCAGAAUAGUUAAGACUACACAAAAUCCUAUGGCAUCAACACCUGCUCUGUUAUUGCUAGUGUUGUUGAUGCUAUUUGCAAAUGAAACCACAGCUGAGACAAACCACACUCACCUCAUUUCUAUAGGGUCUGUGAUAUCUCCUACAGGCACGCACGCUUCAUGGGCAUCACGUUCUGGCCUCUUUGCUUUUGGCUUUUACCCCCAUGGUAAUAGCUAUGCUGUUGGAAUAUGGCUGCUUAAUCAACCUAACCACACAAUUGUGUGGACUCAUAAUCGUGAUAGUCCAUCAGUGCCUUCAAAUUCCACAUUGAGAUUGACCAAAGAAGGCGGGCUACUUCUUCUGCAAGGAAAUGAAGACCCAGAGUUUCUCACUCCACUUUAUUAUUUAUAUCAGGCUAAAGUAGAAGUGGCUUCAGCAUCUAUGCUUGAUUCUGGCAACUUUGUGCUUUAUGAUAAGAAUUUUAGUAUGUUAUGGAGUAGUUUCCAUAACUCAAUGCCAAGUGACACCAUAUUAGGUGGCCAGAAUUUGACAAGUGGAGCGAAGCUGGUCUCUAGUGUGUCACAAUCAGACCAUUCGAGUGGACAUUUUUGGCUAAGAACGCAGUUUGAUUAUGUACACCUAGCUGCUUGCCGUGUGAACAGCACAUGUGAACCGGAGGAUGCUUAUUGGGCUAAAAACACAUACUUUGAAGGUUAUGGUUAUCUACAGCUCAGUCUUAGCAUUGAAGGUUCGCUUUGCUUACAAGAUUAUUCCUCUGGUUCUGAACUAGAGUGUUUAGCUAGUAGCAAGAACCUCACAGACAAGUCAAAGAAUGCAACUUUUAUCUACCGUGCUACACUUGAUGAAGAUGGGAACUUCAGAUUGUAUGCUCACCAAUUCGAGGGAAAUACUAGCUCAGGUGUGCAAACGCUGUGGAAAGCCGUGGAGGGGGAUAAAUGUCAAGUCCCGCUUUGUGGCUUGAACAGUUACUGCUUCAUCAAGAGCGACAAAGCCAUGUGUCAGUGUUAUCCUGGUUUCAUCCGUAUCAAGAGUGGUGGUAACGAUACCAGGUUUCUCGACUGCGAACAGAACCACAGCAAAGAUAAUUGUGAGAGCAUAGAGGACCCAACAACGAUGUACAAUAUGACUUCCUUGAAGGAUAUCUACUGGGGUGGUUCUCCUUAUUUGGUUGUGCCAAUGGAGAUGGAAACUUGCAAGAAGUCUUGUCGGAAAGACUGUGAUUGCAGGGCAGUGUUAUAUAAGAGCGGCAUCUGCGAAAAAUAUAAGCUUCCACUUCUAUAUGGAAGAAGCUCUAAAGAUGCAUCAACGACAGCCUUCUUGAAGAUGCCUUCAGGAAUUGUCCUAAGUCCUACUUCAAACCAAACUGCUCUAUCUUCAACAAAGCCCUCCCUCUUUGUUGAUGACAAGAGAAGUCUUAUAAUGAUUCUGUCCUUUACCCUGGGUUGGAUUUCGUUUUUUGGUUUGGUCUUUGUAUUGUAUAUUUUCAUCAUUUACAGGCGUCAAGUUCAUAGGUAUGCAAUAUUGUCUGCAAGUGAAAAUCUGGGAUUUGUAGAAGAAUGUUCCUUGCGUUCAUUUUCCUUUGAUGAACUUGUGAAAUCAACUGGAGGCUUUGCAGAGGAGAUAGGCAGAGGAUCUUUUGGAGCGGUUUAUAGAGGCACAAUAGGUGACAGUAACAGAACGGUUGCUGUGAGGAGACUUGAGAAAUUUGUUGAUGAAGGGGAGAGGGAAUUCCAAGCAGAAAUCACUGCCAUUGCUCGAACUCAUCAUAGGAAUCUGGUGAAGCUCAUUGGUUUCUGCAUUGAUGGAUCUAGGAAGCUUCUUGUUUUUGAAUAUCUCAGCAAUGGGUCUCUUGCAGAUCUUCUCUUCAAGUCUCAUAUGACUAUGGCUUGGAAAGAGAGGUUAAAGAUUGCAUUAGAUGUGGCUAGAGGGGUCUUAUAUCUGCAUGAGGAGUGUGAUGUUCGAAUUAUCCACUGCAACAUAAAGCCUCAGAAUAUACUCAUGGAUGAAGUGUGGACUGCAAAGAUAUCCGAUUUUGGAUUUGCAAGGCUGUUGAAACCCAGCUAUUCAAGAAUGAAGAAAAUGGAUGACAAGAGAAGUAGGUACUUGGCACCUGAAUGGCAGAAGGAUGAAUUAGUGUCAGUUAAAGCUGAUGUUUAUAGUUUCGGGGUGGUGUUACUGGAGAUUGCAUGCCGUAGAAGCAGUAUUGAUAUGAAUGUUGCAUCACCAGAAGAGAUAGUUCUUUCCAGUUGGGUAUAUAAAUGCUAUGCGGCGGGGCAGUUGAAUAAGCUUGUGGCAGAUGAUGAAGGCGAAGAUGUAGAUUGGAAAAUACUGGAAAGAAUGGUGAAGUUGGGGUUGUGGUGUGUUCAAGACAAACCAUCUCUUCGUCCCACAAUGAAGGAUGUGAUCUUAAUGUUGGAAGGACUGAAAGAUAUUCCGGUUCCUCCCUCUCCAGCCUUCUUUGUUGAAUAAUCUAGGGACACCACAAUCCAUUUUUAUGUUGUUCUUGUCAUGCAUGUUGUGUGUAGCGUUUGUACUUGUCGUGCCAUCGAUGGGAGUACAUAAAAAGAAAGCUUGUAUGCCAGUGGAGAUUCACAACAUAAUAAUAGUUUUUCAUUUCUCAACACUUUGGAUUUAAA